AUGCCAACCACCAUCGCAAUUGCUGGCAUCAGCAGUAAGCUUGCGCUUCUCGUUACAAAAGCGCUGCUGCAACGACCUGAUGUUCACAUUCGCGGCUCCUGUCGGGACAUCAAGAAGCUUCCAGACAGUCUCAGUUCCUCUUCUCGCGUUUCCCUGGUGCAGAGUGGAACAUAUGAUCGCGACACCCUGAGGGACUUAGUGCGCGGUUGCGAUGUAGUGGUAUGCUGCUAUUACGCGAGUAGCGAGGUUAUGCUAGAGGCGCAGAAGCUCUUGAUUGACCUGUGCGAAGAGGAAGGUGUCAACCGAUACAUCGCCAGCGACUACACCGUAGAUUACGACAAGCUUGACCGAGGCGAUCUAGUCGUUAAAAAUUUCGCCAAGGACGUUAAGGCAUAUCUGUAUUCAAAGCCCACCGUCAAGGGUGUACACGUACUGAUCGGUAUCUUCAUGGAAACCUUUCUCGAGCUCUUUGGAGUCUGGAAGCCGGAAACAAACGAGGUCGCCUACUGGGGCACUGGAAACGAGAAGUGGGAUGUUACGUCAUACCAGACAGGAGCAGAAUACAUCGCUGCUGUGGCUCUCGAUUCAAACGCGGCUGGCUUCCUCAAAUUCCGAGGUGAUCACAAGAGCGCUGUAGAAAUUGCUGAUGAUGUUGGAACCGUCUACGGCACCAGGCCUACGCUGAAAUGCAACGGGUCUUUGGCGGACAUAGCUGAAACCUUGGAUGGGGUAGGCAACGCUGAAAACGUUCAAAAGGCUGCGGCCUACUUCGUGCUGAGCGGGAAGAUUGCUUUUGGUGAAGACAUUGACAACGAGAAGUAUCUCUUCGUGAAGCCGGAACCGUUGAUUGAGGUGCUGCGACAACACCAGAAGUAA